CAGGAAAGUUCGUCACGACAAAAACGGGCUUCAUCAGAUGACUCACAAGCGAAACCGGUCAAAACAGCUUCUGAUGUAAAACUGCUCAUUAAAGAAGAACCUCGUCUGCUGCAGAAUCAAAUCUGUGCCAAGGAUGAAAAGCUCUGUCGUCCAGGACCAAAAGGUAACACUGGAAGACGGGGAAGACGAGGACCCAUAGGUAUACCGGGCCCCCGAGGAAGACCUGGGCCAGAAGGAUCACCUGGUAAACAUGGACCAAUAGGACCAAAGGGACCAACGGGUAUAAAGGGGGAUCGCGGACUGCAAGGUCUGCCAGGACCCCCCGGCCCCAGAGGUCCGCCUGGUGAGAAAGGCGCACCGGGACAAUCCAUAUCGGCUCCCUCCCUGUUACAGCAGCCUGUUCAAACGACAGUCAAUGAAAGCCAGACAGCCAUCUUCAAAUGUACAGCAAAUGGAAAUCCACCUCCGAAGGUCACAUGGUAUAAGGCUAACUCAUCACUUCCUGUCGGGCGUCACGUGGUAGAGUCCAGUGGUGCUCUAAUUCUUCAGGAUGUUAGACCAGGAGACGAGGGCCAGUACACCUGCAAAGCUGAAAAUUUGCUGGGAAACAUCAACGCCAGCGCGGAGCUAAAAGUGCAGUGUAAGUUGCGUCUUUUUCUUCAAAACUUUUUAAAAAAAGAUGUCCCUCUUCUUAAUGCUUUUUCUGAAAUGUUUCUAUGAGUAUUUUAACGGACACCUAGAGUUGGUCCUUCACCCACCUCUUCAGUUAUUUCCUUUGACCAUCUUUAUAACUUGCACGCCUCCUUAAAAUGACAAUUAGUAUUGGUCGCAGCGGUGUUCACUGUAUCAAUAGUUUGUUUGCAGAAUGAAAUUUAUGUACUAUUUCUUGCCAGUUCCUCCUUCUAUUGUAUUGUCAUCAAAUCGCCUGAUGGUUGAAGAGAGACAAAACGUCACUAUUGCCUGCAUUGCUACUGGUCAGCCACAACCCGAGAUCACGUGGUCAAAAUUGGGAGGAACAUGGCCAAAAGGAGGAAAUGAAGUGACGAAUAGAACCUUAAUAAUCUACAAUGUGGCAAAGAUGGAUGCUGGUACAUACAGCUGCAAAGCAGAGAAUAUUGUAGGAUCAGCAAAAGACACAGUUCAACUCGUCAUAUUCUCUCCCCUGCGAUUCAAAGAAAGACCACCUAAAACUUUGAUUCCUGUGGUUGGUUCCACCGUUCGUCUACCGUGUUUGGCCGAGAGUGACCUAAAACCUACCCUAACUUGGACAAAGGAUGGCUCUUCGCUUCCUGUUGGUUCAAGGAUUCUUGAAAACAACACUCUAGUUCUUGGCAGCAUAAAAAAAUCACACAAAGGAUCUUACACCUGCAGAGCGAGUAAUCCUUUGAAAACAAUAGAAGCCAAAGUCAAAAUCAAUUCUGCAGUAAGUGCGGCUUCCUGUUCUGUGAUAAGAAAACACGUCAGCAGUGUAAGCGGAAAUUACGUCAUUGAUCCAGAUGGUGAGGGAGGUCUGGCACCAUUCACCGUUUAUUGUGACAUGACGGCUAAAAAUGGAAUUGGCGUGACAGUCAUCAGUCACGACAGUGAAAGUAGAACAUCGGUGAAAGGAUAUGAAAGUAUUGGUGCUUACUCACGAAAUGUUCGAUACAAAGGAGCGAGUGUAUCUCAGCUGGCGAGUCUCACUAGAGUUUCCUCGCACUGUGAACAGUUUGUCAAGUAUGACUGUUAUGCUUCGGUUCUGUUUUACAAUAACGAUCCACGUGGAUGGUGGGUGUCACGUGAUUCUACCAAAAUGAGAUACUGGGGCGGAGCAUCUGACAAUGGUAAGUGCGCAUGCGGGAUGACUAAGUCGUGUGCAAAUCCCAGUUAUGGCUGUAACUGUGACAAGAAUGACUAUGUAUGGCGUGAAGACAGCGGUCUCCUCACUGACAAGACCAAGCUUCCUGUAAUACAGCUCAGGUUUGGCGAUACUGGCGGCGGGGCCGAACAAGGUUACCAUACACUUGGAAAACUUAAGUGUUUUGGAACAGUAUAG